AUGAGAAAAAUACCAAACAAUGGGAACCUGAAGAUGAUGAAGAUGGCAUACCUCUUGGGACUGUUUGUGUGUCUGUUCAUCUGUAUUGCCUAUAUCAGGUGGCCCUGGGUCUCCACCACUCAGGCCUUCUUCAGCAUCACUGAGGCAAAGUCAGGGGACCACAGGAGACAAUAGGCCGGAAAUCCCCUGGGGAUGAUUGCAUGUGGUCACAAGGUCUUCUAUGGCAUCGUGUUUGAUAUGGGAAGCACUGGCACCUGAGUACAUAUCUUUCAAUUCACCUGGCAGCCUGGAGGAACUCCCACCUUGACCCAUGAAACCUUCAAAGCACUGAAGCCAGUUCUUUCUGCUUAUGCUGAUGAUGUUGAAAAGAGCACUCCAGGUAUUCAAGAAUUACUGGAUGUUGCUAAACAAGAAAUUCCUUUUGACUUCUAGAAGACUACCCCCUUGGUCUUCAAGGCCACAGCUAGUUUACUUCUGUUACCAGGAGAAAAGGCUCAGAAUUUACUACAAAAGGUGAAGGAAGCAUUUAAGGCGUCACCUUUCCUUGUAGGGGAUGACUGUGUUUCCAUCAUGAAUGGAACAGAUGAAGGCAUUUCAGCCUGGAUCACCAUCAACUUUCUAACAGGCAGUUUGAAAUCCCCAGGAAGCAGCAGUGUGGGCAUGCUGGAUUUGGGCAGAGUGUCCACUCAGAUCACCUUCCUUCCAAGAGUUGAGGUAACCAGCCCCUACCACCCCACCCAGCUGCAGACAUCACUGCAGAUUUUUAAUAGGACCUACAAGCUCUACUCAGACAGCUACCUGGGGCUUGGAUUGAUGUCAGCAUAGCUGGCGAUUCUGGGUGGUGCAGAGGGGAAACUUGGAUUUGAGGAGAGUACCUUAUCUUUCAGGACAAGGAUAGAAAGGAGUCCUUGUUUGUCUCCCAGUUUCAAAGCAGAGUGGGACCGUGCUGAAAUAACAUACAGAAUUUCAGGACUAAAGGCAGUGAACCUGCACCAGUUGUGUGCACAUAGAGUGUUGCAGGUCCUCAAGAACAAAGUGCACAGCACAGAGGAAGUGAAUGACAUGGAAUUUUAUGCUUUUUCUUACUAUUAUGACCUUGCAACAAAUGUUGGCCUCAUAGAUGUGGAGAAAGGAGGCAGCCUAGUUGUUGGAGACUUUGAAAUUGUGGCCAGCUACGUGUGCCAGACAGGUACCCAACCACAGAGCAACCCUUUCAUGUGCAUGGAUCUCACCUAUGUCAGCUUGCUGCUCCAAGAAUUUGGCUUCUUGAGAAAUGAAGUACUGAAGCUGACUCAGAAAAUCAACAAUGUUGAGACCAACUGGGUUCUGGGAGCCAUUUUUCAUUACAUCGAUUCCCUGAAUGGACAGAAGAGUAGGGCUUUGUAG